CCGUUCCCCUAAUUGGUCAGGGCCGUCCUGAAACGCUUCCGGUUUUUUCUCCGAUGAUGGUCCUUGCGGCUUUGGGCUGCAGCUGGCAGUUGCAUCAAACUGGGAAAAGCUGUCUCGUACCUACAUAUAGUUUGAUGAUCGACUUUUGUCUCACACUUGAUGCGUGUGUUGCCAGUUCGAUUCUAUCUCACUAACGGACCAACGGCUCCACCUGCACGCUAACCUCCACACAAUGGCGCACAACCCGAUAGUGGAGCUGUGGACGCUUUACGCCGUCGCAGUGUGCUUCACCAUUCUCAGAACAUACGCUCGAAUCAAAGCUGUGGGGUUUCGAGAACUUCACCCCGAUGACUACCUGAUUUGGUUCGCGAUUCUUAUUUACACAACACAAUGCACACUGGGAUACAAUGUUGGCGCAGCGGCGCAUGGUCUUGCAAAUAAUGGCAUGACUGAUGCAGAGCGGAGUGCGCUCUCGCCUGAUAGUCCCGAGUACCAAUGGAGGAUUAUCGGUUCUAAGAUCCAAGUCGCAGGCUGGACCACGGCGGCAUUUCUACUCUGGACUCUUAAAAUUUGCAUGACCUUCUUCUACCUCCGACUCACCAAAGGACUAGGUAGUCGCUACCUCAUGCGUAUCUACGUGGGGAUGGGCCUCAUCGCAGGGACAUUCAUCGCCGUCAUCUUUACGAUCUUUCUCUCGUGCAGGCCGUUCAGUCGUUACUGGCAAAUAAAUCCAGAUCCCGGAAACGCUUGUCAAGCUGCCAUCUCGAAGCCGAUUCUAUGGGUCAAAUUUAUACUGAAUGUCUCGACGGAUAUCUACCUGCUGCUGAUUCCCAUACCAAUGCUAUGGCGGUCAAGUCUGAGACUCCUCAAGAAGAUUGCUACAACGAUGGUCUUAAGUGCUGGUGUGGCCAUCAUUGUCUUCGCGACCUUGAAGAGUAUUUAUGUCAUUGUGGACCCCAUUCAUGGCGGACAGGUAGCCGCCUCAUGGGGUACGCGAGAGACAUUUGCCGCCGUCAUCACAACCAAUCUACCCAUGAUCUUCCCGCUACUCAAAUCAUGGAUCAUGCCUCUGCUUCCCAGCCAUAUACGCUCUAGCUCCAACCAGAAGAACUAUAAGACGCCGGAUGGAUUCGUAACCAUUGGCGGAGGGGGUGGCUCUCGUAGCCGACAGGGACCUCACAGUGCGCAUCAUAUCACCGCGAACAUGACAUUCGACAACGAGAGCGAAGAACGAAUUAUCAAAGGAGAUGGCGUAAUUAAGCUACAAGAUGUCCAUGCGAAUGCCAUUGUGGUUUCGAACGAAGUUAGAGUCACGGCUGAAGAUCGCAGUAGCGAACGUACGACCACGACAUUUUAACGACACGUUUUUGAAUAUUCUUGACGAUAAUAAUAAACCGGGCGGCGCCUUCCUAAUAGAUUUGCUUACGAGCAUGCUGUUCAUUGCGAGAAACGCGUAGCUGUUUUUCACCAGGGUCCGUUGUCUUGCUCAUUUUCACCACAUUGUUCACAUGGUUCCUAUUGUGGCCACAAUAGAGCGCACGCG